GAAAGCAGAAACAAUGGGCGACUGGAGUUUUCUGGGAAGACUAUUAGAAAAUGCACAAGAACACUCAACUGUUAUUGGAAAGGUCUGGUUGACCGUUUUAUUUAUCUUCAGAAUAUUGGUUUUAGGAGCAGCAGCAGAAGAAGUGUGGGGGGAUGAACAGUCUGACUUUACUUGCAACACCCAGCAACCAGGUUGUGAAAAUGUCUGCUAUGACAAAGCCUUUCCAAUUUCUCACAUUAGGUUCUGGGUACUCCAAAUUAUUUUUGUCUCUACACCCACCCUCAUUUACCUGGGCCAUGUCCUGCACAUUGUGCGGAUGGAAGAAAAGAAAAAAGAGAAGGAGGAAGAGCUAAAGAAGUGCAUUAAAGAUAAUGAUGAGAAGGAACUACUACUCAGAAAGGGUGUUGAGAAGAAAGAGAAACCCCCAAUCAGAGAUGAAAGGGGUAAGAUAAGAAUAGGAGGUGCGCUCCUCCGCACUUAUGUCUUCAACAUUAUUUUCAAAACUCUGUUUGAGAUUGGCUUUAUCGUAGGGCAGUAUUUCCUGUAUGGUUUUGAGCUGAAGCCCCUCUACCGUUGUAACCGUUGGCCUUGCCCCAACACUGUGGACUGUUUCAUUUCCAGACCGACAGAAAAGACCAUUUUCAUCAUAUUUAUGCUUGUAGUGGCUUGCGUGUCUCUUUUGCUGAAUAUGUUAGAGAUAUAUCAUCUGGGGUGGAAGAAACUCAAGCAAGGUAUGACUAACAGAUAUAUUCCGGACCCUGCUUGCAAUAAAGCAAAUCCUCCUAGUCCACUGCCACGAACUGCUCCGCCAAAUAUGGUUUUCCCGCCGUAUUAUACUGACGCAGCUGCUGCCCCUCCGACCAUGCAACAUGUAUACGCUAGGUCACCCAUGUCUGAUUUUAAGAUGACAUCACUAACAGAAGAGCCUCUUAACCCAUCCUACUUCAGUGGCCAUCUUGAUCAUCAUACAUUAGCUAAUGAACAGAACUGGUCCAACCUGGCAUUGGAGAGAGAAAGAAAGCCUGGAUCCAGUAUUGCCAGUGCAUGCAGUGCAACAACUUCUGCUCCAAGCAGUGUAAGAAAUGAAGAAGCAUGCGAGGCACCAGUGGUGUCAGGAAGUGGAACCAAUUCAAGAGCAGAAGUGGAUGACAUACCAGCCACAACCACUGUAGAGAUGCACCAGCCUCCCGUGUUGAUAGACACAAGGAGGCUCAGCAGGGCAAGCAAAUCAAGUAGUAGCAGAGCUAGGUCAGAUGACUUAGCUGUGUAGCAAUGGAGCUACCAACAAAGAGAGAACCAAAGCUAACAGUGGAGGAAUUCACUGGAUAUAUGAUAAGAAAGAAGUAUGAAAGAGAACCAUGAAGCAAGAACAAUAUUAUGAUGACUUCUUGAGUGUCACUGGUGGUUGUUUAGCCCCCUCUGCUACUGAAUGAGUCUCAAAAACUAUCACAUGAAAAUUAAACAAGAGCUAGAGAAACAACAACAAUUAAGGUGGCAAAGGCAGUUCUUAAUCUUGUUAUCCUUAGAACGAAGUUUGCUGUUAUUGCACACUGUGAGUUGUAGGUAGCAUUUUGUUGUUUUAGAAAUUAGGCGUUAGAAUUUUCAAGUGGAUAGCUGAUCAUUUGCCUUUCUUAACUACAGCAAAACAAUUCACAGAACAAAAUCAAAAUGAACACCAAAUAUUAAGCCUCGAUGCCGAGGAGAGAAAAUUAAACUACCUGAAGAGUAAACAGUGAGAUGAUGUAAAUGAGCUCAACAAGUCAUGUGUUGUAUAGAAGGGCUUAAAAAUUAUGUUUUUGUUCCAUUCUACAUCAGUUAAGGCACAACUUUGCUAUAUAAGUAGCCCUUUGACUGGCUACAUGGUAAAUGCAAUGUACAGUCAGUACUAAGUUGGCUUAUACCUUAAUGUUUAAAAGACACACAGCAUAACAAAGUGAUUUUUAAUUCAUUGGGUGAUAGUGUGCUUUGUAAACAUGUCUUCACAGUAAUGUCAUUUAUCUGUGUAUAAGAUGAAAUAUAGAAACAUGCCGAGCCCAAUAAUUUCUGUUUGUGUAUAAGAUAAUGCUGUCUUGUUUGCCAUCUUUUAAAUACCAUAAGAAUAGGUAAUGCUCUCUUCAGAAUUUGAAAAAAAAUCGAAUAUCCAGAUGCUUAUUGCUUAGCUAACCCCCUAAUAAUAACCUAGUGAUAGAUUUGAUCAUGUAACCAAUCAACCUCUUUUUUUUAAUGCCCCUAUGUGAGUAUUGUGAAAAAUAUUUAUUAUAAAAAUGACUGAUUUAAAAGUCUCCCCCUUUUUAAUUAACAGACUACCAUACAAAUAUUACUACUUAAAACCAUACUACAUCAGGUAUAUGUUAACCAUAUGGUUAACAUGUUAAUAUAAUUCAAAAGUCUUUAUUUGUAUUCUUACCUCAGCACCAGUCAGUAUACUAGACCCUGGUGAUCCUGCCAUGAAGGUUUUUGUUCAGCCACAUCCUGUUAUAGGGUCGCUCUGUCCCUGUUUCCCAAGCAUUGUCAUCCUAUUAUAUGAGCUUCCAAAGUUUCAACACACAUUAUGUGGGCAAGGUUCACUGUUGUCACCAUUAGGAAACACAUCCCAAGAAAUGCUAUGAAACUACAGUUUGAUUGUAAUUAGACAGGAAGUUGCAGCAAAGAAACAUUGGGGAUGAAUAAAUCUGCUUGACUUUAGUUAGUGAACAGUUUCACAAAUCUUGCUAGCUUAGGCCUCAUUCACACAGGCGGACUC